AUGACCACCGCAGUUGUAUCGCCUUUCUUCGACUUUGAUGUAAUGAACAAGAACAACAAACUGCUGAACUUCAACAACAACCUGCCGGCCCCCCACAUGUCAGGUCCCUGCUCUGGCUCGAACCUGCCCCUGAGCCCUGGAUCCCUGCUGGACAGGAAGGCGGUGGGUGCUCCCUCCGCAGUGUUCCAGAGACGACACUCCGUAAGCAGCACAAAGUUCAGCCAGAACCAGUUCAUCAACAGCCUGAAGGCCAUGGACCACCCCCUGCUCUCAGGCCUCAGCAGCAACAAGGAGAACCGCCUCCGCGAGCGCUCCUUCUCCGAGACGGGCGAGCGGCUGCUGAACAAGUGCCUGACCCCGCCCAGCCCCACGGGGGGCGCCCAGGUCAACUCCAGCCGCUACAAGACUGAGCUGUGCCGGCCCUUCGAGGAGAACGGCUCCUGUAAGUACGGAGACAAGUGUCAGUUCGCCCAUGGCCUACACGAGUUGCGCAGCCUGAGCCGCCACCCAAAGUACAAGACGGAGCUGUGCCGCACCUUCCACACCAUCGGCUUCUGCCCGUACGGCCCACGUUGCCACUUCAUCCACAACGCUGAGGAGCGCCGUGGCCCCCCGCAGAGCCUAGGCUCUUGUAGCAAGGAGCGGCCCCGUCUGCAGCACAGCUACAGCUUUGCAGGGUUCUCAAGCUCCAGCCUCAGGGACAGCCCCACCUCCCUCACUCCUCCUCCCGCCUUCUUCCCUGACGAGCUGCCACAGUGGCCCAGCAGUAACCCCUUCACCUACUCCAGCCAGGAGCUGGCCAGUCUGUUCGGGCCCAGCCUGGGGACCGGUCCCAUGGGCUCGGAGCCCAGUGGGCCUCCCUCUCCCACUGUAGCACCGUACUAUUUCAGGCCCAUGGUGGAAUCCCCUCACAUGUUCGACACCCCCUGUAGCCCCCCAGACUCUCUGUCGGACCAGGAGGGGUACCAGAGCAGCUCUGGGGGCAGUCUGAGCGGAUCAGAGAGCCCGACGCUUGACAGCACACGCCGCCUGCCCAUCUUCAGCCGCCUGUCCAUCUCUGACGACUAA